AGGAUUACUGCCUUUCCUCUGACAACUGAAAUAGGCCUAUAGAUACAUUCACAGCAGCCUCCUUCUGUUCCGUGGAUAAAACUUAUUGGGGGAUAAGUCAACUUUGCAGUGUGUUAGGAUAUUUGUCCUGUAUAACGAGAAAAUACUAAAGUCUGCCCUUGAAAAACAAUCUAACGGGAUCAAAUUGUCGUAGUCAGUGUUUGGCGACUUCCAGCCCCAAAGUGUCUCCUCCAGCCAAUAAGUGGCUUGAUAUAUCGUUAAGUGUUUCCUGGCAAUGGCUCAGACACCGCCGCCAUGUCCAAAGUCCAUUAUGAGCGGGUCCGUUAUAUCCAGGGUUUACUGUACAUACACUUAACAGCUGCACUCAGUGUGGUGCCAUCAAUGUAACGCUAUAUAUUUUUUACUGUGUUGGUGGGUGAAAACAAUCAUUGAUGCACUUUUGCAGUGUGCAGGUUUUGGCUCCAGUCUACACACUGAAACAACUCCUUGUACCUCCGCCUCGCUCUCCACAGGUGUCCCAGCCAGGCCCGCCGCGCACAAGCUCCCACUCAACACCAGUUCCUCCAGCAGUCUGGCGUGGACCUGUGCCUGGCGGCCAAGAAGAUGUCCUCCCCACACCAGGGACACUCUCCACAGGUGUCCCAGCCAGGCCCGCCGCGCACAAGCUCCCACUCAACACCAGUUCCUCCAGCAGUCUGGCGUGGACCUGUGCCUGGCGGCCAAGAAGAUGUCCUCCCCACACCAGGGACACUCUCCACAGGUGUCCCAGCCAGGCCCGCCGCGCACAAGCUCCCACUCAACACCAGUUCCUCCAGCAGUCUGGCGUGGACCUGUGCCUGGCGGCCAAGAAGAUCGCCUCCCCACACCAGGGACCACUGUGGCCGACAUCACCGCCGCAGAGAACUCAAGUCCACGCUCAAGACAUGGAAGGCUGACCUGGUGCUUCAUGAUGGUACUGACAGCCAACACGGUGCACACUCAGAGGGAGGAGGACUGGGAUCUGAUCUCCCGACUGGUGGAGUCUGCCGGGGCGGGCGCCUUACCCCCCUCCCUCAGUACCUCCUUGGGGGGGGGCGGGGGAGGAGGAGGAGGAGGCCCGGGAAGGAGGGACGCAACGCACCUCACAAGACACAAGACUCCAGUCCAUCCUGAGUAGCCCGGAGAGGGAGUGACCUGCCAUGGGGCAGUCCAGUCCAGCCAGCCACUGUGUGGUGGUACUAGCGAUGGCACCUUCGGCACAGCGUUAACUUUGCCAUCAUCAGGAGGAACUUACUUAUAGAGUUGCGUGCAUACAAUUUCAUACAGUAAGUUACAUACAGUCAUUGCUUACACUUUACUUUUUAUUACAUGUUGUAUUACUUUAUUUUGUCAGGCUUGUUUCUUUAUUUUAUAUUUCUUUAUUCCUAUUUGUUUUUAUUGAGCAAAUUAGUCGAGGGGAAUAUUAGCAAGUUUUGUUCUUGAGGAGGUGCUGAUAGGAAUCUCUCUCUCUCUCUCUCUCUCUUCCUCUUUCCACUUUCUAAACUUGACCUGCGUCUUUUUUAAGUUGAAAUAAUACACACUUUGUCAAAUAUUUUUUAUUGAGAGAACGCACACAGGAACACUGGGG